CGAUUUCAGGAUCUGCUAUUAACUUGGUCGCGCAUGUAAGUUGUGAACACCGGUAAAAGCGGCACGUUGAGGGCCGUUAUUAACCGGAUCGUUGAUGAAACAUAUACAUAUAUACAAACGGUAACAAAAUUUCCAACAAUUAUUUGAUAAAAGAUCGUCGAUUCGACCUAGAAAAAGGAAAAAAAAAUUUAUCCUUCUAUCUUUCUAUCUCUCUCUUUAUAUAUAUAUAUACAUAUAUAUAUACACGCGCAUACAUAUAUAUAUAAAUAAAUAAAAAAAUAAAAAAAAAAGAAAGGAAGAAUAAAUGGCACCACGUAGAAAUGCGAAGCAAGCCGAUGUUGAGCCCGUGGAAAAAGUCGCGGAAAUCGGCGACGUAUCGCCUCCAAAACGUACAAAAGUGAUCAAGUCUUUGUCCGUAAAUUUUGAACAAUUAAAGGAUACGAGAUCUAUGAGAUCUACGAAAAUACGUAACGUGGAAGAAACCGGAGAAAUAAUAGAACCGGAAUCUGAACCUGUUAAAAAAUCGAGAGCGAGAAAUAAGGUAGUGCCUGCUAAGUCAACGAAAGUUACUUCAUCUCAGGAACAAAUAACGAAAUCCAAACGUAUCGUUAAGAAAGGAAAAGCUAUAGAAGAUAUAUCAUCGUCUAAUGGUCCAAAUGAUCCAAUUAUUGAAACGGAUGAUUCGAUAUCUCAGAAAAUACCCGCGAAAAAGACUCGUGGAAAAACAGUUACGGAAAAGGCGGGAACAACGGACAACAUCGAAGCCAAAGCAAAACCAAAAACAAGAGCCAAAAAAACUGAAACAUCUAAAGAUACAGAUACUGAGAUAGUAUCCACAAAAGAAAAAAAAAAGAAUGUGGCUGAAAAAGUAUCUAAGGAAACCAAAACGAAGGUAAAACCAUUAAAGAAAGUUGUAGAAAAAAAAGAUGAAACUGUAGUUGUAGAAGUAAAGAAAAAAACUAGUGCUAAAGCUAAAACAACAGAAAAUAAUAUUUCUAAAGUAGAAAAAUCUGCUGUAAAUGAAGAAAAAAAACCCAAAUCACAAGUUACUAGAAAAAUGCGAAAUCAAGCAGAUAAUGUUCCAGAUGCAACAGAAAAUAAUGUUGAAGAGACCAAUGAUUCUAAGCCAGUUAAGGGAAGACAAAGAAAAAUAAAUAAAGAUAAUGCAAGUACAAUAGAUACUUCCAAGAAAGGACGUGGUAAAAAGGAAAUAAUAACAGCCGCUGUGAAAAAUCUAGAGGAAAAAGAAUUAGAAACUGCUGAGUUAUCUUCGUCAGAAGAAGAGAAGGAAUCAGAAUCAAUUGAAGUAUUAUCAAAAACUAAUAAUGUUCAGAAAUCAGUAAGUAAUACUGAUGAGUUACCAAAUGUUGAAAAUGAAGAUUUAACAAAAUUAGAUGCUUUGCGUUUAAAUAAAAAUAAUAAAAAUAAAAUAGAAGAUUCUAUAUCAGAUGAGAAAGAUAAUGCCUCAACAAGUGAAUAGUAAAUGUUAAUGGUGUAAAGGUACGGAGAGGAAGAAAACUAUUAUCACAAAAAAGAAGGAAGAAAAACAGUACCUUACAUUCUUAAAGAAGUUAUAUUUUUUAAAAACUAAAU